AUGGCAAGAAAAUUAAAGGGUAAAUCAGUUCAAGCAAAAGGGUUAAAAGGUGCACUUAUACGACAUCAACAUAGUGAAAAAAUAAACUUGAAAACUGUUAAAAAUGUUGAAAUCUCUAAACAAAAUAAAUUGGAUAAAUUAAAAUCCAUGAAGACAUCGAAACUUGCCCGAAAACACAAUAAAGCCCACCAACAAGGAACAAACACAAAAGGUUUAAUGCCAUUCAAUAAAUAUGGAAAUGAUAAAGUAUUAUUGAUUGGAGAAGGGGAUUUUUCAUAUGCUAAGUCCUUAGUAUUACAAAAUUUCAUUCAACCAGAGAAUUUAAUUGCUACUAGUUUUGAUUCAUUUGAAGAAUUAAUAAAUAAAUAUGAAAAUGCCAAUGAAAUAAUUGAAGAAUUGAAAAAUUUAGGAGUAACAGUCAUGCAUGAAAUUGAUGGGACAAAUUUAUUAAAAAGUUUAAAAUUAAAUCCUAAUAAAAUAAAACGAGGGAAACAUAAUGACAGUAAUGAUGUUAGUAAAGUGAAAAAAUUGAAAUUAUUUAAGGAUUAUGGUAAUUUGAAUUAUAUAAUGUUUAAUUUUCCUCAUAAUGGGAAAGGAAUAAAAGAUGUUGAUAGAAAUAUCCGUGAUCAUCAACGAUUAAUGUUACUGUUUUUUAAGAAUUGUCAACAAUUGUUUGAUGUAAUUAAUAGUGAUACUAUAUCUGGAUAUAACACUUCCAGUAGUGUUAAUAGUAGCUCAUUUUCGUCAAUGGGGAAAAUUAUUAUUUCGAUGUUUGAAGGUGAACCAUAUCAUUCUUGGGGUAUCAAAAUAUUAGGUAAAAGUCAAGGAUGGAAAGUAGAAAGGUCAGGUAAGUUUGAUUGGUCAAUGUUCCCUGAAUACCAUCAUCGUAGAACUACAAGUAUGAAAGACACUACUAAACCAGCAAGUGAAAGAGAUGCUAGAAUGUAUAUAUUUGAAAAAUUUACUAAACAGGAUGCAGCAAAACGAAGCAAAAAUGGUAAUGGUGAUGACGAUAGUGAUAGUGAUGAUUAG